AUGGUCGAUCAGAGUGAAUUAGCUUGGCGCAUGCUUGCGAGGAAAUACGGUGCACAUGUCACUUUCACUCCAAUGAUCAAUAUUAAGCAGUUCAUGAAGGACCCAAAAUAUCGAGCUAAAGCCAUGGAAUUUACGGAAGAGGAUAGACCUUGUAUUGCACAGGUACCGGCUGAUUUUCUGACGUCCUUCCAGUUUUGUGGUGAUUCACCGGAACUAUUUGCAGCCUCUGCAAAGAUAGUUGAGAAGUACUGCGAUGGUAUCGACUUGAAUCUAGGAUGUCCACAAGGAAUCGCCCGUCGGGGCCACUAUGGGUCGUUUCUCCAAGACGAAUGGGAGCUCAUAGCAGCAAUGGUUCGCGAGUGCAAAGCCGCCGUAACGGUACCGGUGUCUGUAAAAAUACGCAUUUUCCCUGACGUUGAGCGAACUAUUUCGUACGCCAAAAUGUUGGAAGAAGCCGGGGCAUCUCUCAUCACAGUUCACGGUCGAACACGGGAACAAAAUGGACUCCACACUGGGCUCGCAGACUGGCUACAGAUACGGGCAGUUAAAGAAGAAGUCAAUGUUCCAGUGAUCGCUAACGGGAAUAUUAUAUCGUAUGAGGACAUAGCGGAAUGUCUUAAAGUAACCGGAGCUGACGCAGUUAUGAGUGCAGAGCCUCAUUUAUACAACCCGACAAUAUUUUCGAAACAGGAAUGUACGGUUUUUCAAGUGGCUAACGAAUAUGUGGACUUUGUGAAAAAGUACCCCUGUCCGAUGUCGUUUGUCCGGGGCCACCUCUUUAAGCUUUUUCGCAACACAAUGAAUAUCCAUACAGAGAUGCGUGAAUGUCUCGCCUUUUCCCAGACACUCCAAGACGUGGAGGCCUUCAUCCGUAACCUCAAAAUGAUUUGUAAGAAAGAAUGCGUGCAAGACGGAAAGUGGUCACCAUCCUCAGAGCCACGGGGGUUGACUAAACCGCAUUGGAUAUGUCAGGCCUACCUUCGCACUUUGGAGGCGAAACCGAACCCAACAAAAAUUAGCUCAUAA